UUUAUAGAAAUAAGGAAAACAAAUUGCAAUAAUCCUUCAAAUAUUCAAGGAUUUUUAAUCAAAGAAAGAAAAGAAGAUUCUUAUUAUUCAACGAUUUAUUUUUUCUUUUGUGAUUAUGAAAAUAUCUUAAUGCACUUCAGCAGCCUGAUAACAUUAGUGCACCAACUAUGAAUAUUGACGUUUAUGAUUAUAAAUAACCACUGAUCACCUUUAAGAAUUCGUAAAAUUGCUGGCGACAUUUUCGCCACGCCGUUUCGCGACACACCGGGCCGCCGUCUGAGCAUAAUUCCGAUGGUGGUCGAGCAUGUUCCAUGGUUAAUUAUUCACUAUGCACACCAAAUCCACAAGUAAUACCCAUUAUAAACACUUAUUUGUACCGAUUACAUCUUAUUUUAAUAUUUUUCGUUCACCACUGUCACCAUGUUUUAAAUUAAACUCUGAUCCCGAUUGUGUGCUGACUUUUUAUUGACAUAACAUAAACAUCACUAUAGCAACAACAGAAAAAAUUCAAAGACAGCUAAACUGUCAUAUUUGAAACUAUAUUUUUUUAAACUAUCAUAGACUGAACAGGAGUGAUUUUAAUCAAAUAAUGUGCUUCAUGCGUGCCAUCUAUAUUGUGCCUGAGAAAACUUCGCUUAAGUUUUUGUACCGUGAGCGCUGGAAGACAGCACUUCAUACAAAAUAUUUUACGUAAGCGAACUGUGCGGAAGUUUCACCCCCAUGAGCUGUGCUGUGCUGUGAUUUUUUGUAUUGUAUUGUGACAAGUUUAUCAGUGCAAAAAAAUGAAAACGUGAAUACAUAAUAAAUCACAACAACAAUACCAACAAUAAUUGCAAACAUACACACUUAAAUUGUGUAGCAAAAAAGUCAUAUUAAACGAUACAAGGAAAUACUCAAUUUCAAAAGUUUUAAUGACACAACUUUAUUGCACUAUUGUAAUUUAAAUAAACUAUAAUUUUAAUGUUUCACGAUCACCGUAUAAAUGCAGUGAUUAUAACAAUCGUAUCGACAAUAAAUAUUCGAUGACGGCGAAGAAUAUUCAUUACCGCUUUGUUCUUUGAACAUGAUACGUUGAAGUUGAACGAAUAGUAAAAGUGGUAUAAUCGUUUGUAAUCACGGCGGACCGGCGAGUAUUUCGAUUGUCAGUUCGCCGCGUCUCGUCGCGCAAAUCAGUUGCGAUGCUAGCUGUGCUCGGAGUGGCGGCGGCUUUGGUCGCAGUUUGGGUGUACUUUGGCUUUCUAGAAACUCUGUUGGUGACCUCAAUCGUUGGUGUUCUAUACGUCUUGGUCUUCCACUGGAGAUGGUUAUAUGUCGCUAUCAAAACAGCACCACGAGAUCUCAGAGCACUAUGGUGCUACAUCAAAAUUUUGUUACUCACAAGAAGACUUACAAAAAAAGAUUGGACAUUACCUGACAUAUUCCACGAAACGGUACAGAAGCAUCCUGACAAGCCGUGCUUCUUAUUCCAAGAUGAAGUGUGGACUUUUCAAGAGGUGGAAAACUACAGUUUACGAGUGUCAGCCGUGCUCAAAUCGUUUGGCGUGAAAAAGGGGGACAUUGUCGGCCUCCUUAUGAAUAACUGCGCGCAAAUGCCGGCAAUGUGGCUCGGUAACGCGCGCCUGGGCGGCAUCACCCCAUUCAUAAACACUAACCAGCGCGGUAAAGCGUUGAUACACUCCAUCAAUGUUGCCAAAUGUGAUGUUCUUAUAUUUUCUGAUGAAUACCAAUCAGCUGUCCAAGACAUAUCGAGUGAGCUGAGCACUUCAAUAAAACUAUUUAAAUUUACCCACCGACCGCUUAACUCGUCUAAACCUCAGACGAAUGCUUCCGGCGACGGCAUAGCGGAUCUGACGUCAAUACUGGAAAACACGUCACCAAUGCCGUGGAGUCUAGCUGAUGCAGACGGCUUCCAAGGAAAACUUUUAUACAUUUACACAUCUGGUACCACUGGUCUUCCAAAGGCGGCUGUUAUAUCUAAUUCCAGAUAUGUGUUUAUGGCUUGUGGGAUCCAUCACAUGCAGUUGAAUUCCUCCGAUGUGGUGUACUGCCCCCUGCCGCUGUACCACACGGCGGGCGGCGUGGUCAGUGUGGGACAGGCAUUAGUUUUCGGUUGCACGGUCGUAUUGAAGCCCAAGUUCUCUGCCUCGCAGUAUUUCCCCGACUGCGCCAAAUAUAAGGCCACGGUGGCGCACUACAUCGGCGAGAUGUGCCGCUACGUGCUGGCCACGCCGCCCUCGCCCGCCGACAAGCAGCACAACGUGCGAGUCAUCUUCGGCAACGGCCUCAGACCGCAGAUUUGGACAGAGUUUGUUACAAGAUUUAACAUCAAAUAUGUCACGGAGUUUUACGGUGCAACGGAAGGCAAUGCCAAUAUAGCUAACACGGACGGCACGCCGGGCGCCAUUGGUUUCGUGUCACGCAUCUUCCCGAAGAUAUAUCCCAUUGCCAUCAUCAAAGUGGAUCAGGAAACUGGGGAACCUGUUAGAGAUUCCCGGGGACUUUGUCAGUUGGCACAAGUGAACGAGCCCGGCGUCUUCAUAGGCAAAAUUUCAUCUAACAACCCCACCCGUGAAUACCUGGGCUAUGUCGAUAAAAACGCGUCAGAGAAGAAGAUCGUUAGAAACGUCUUCACACACGGAGACUCAGCUUUUAUCUCAGGCGACAUUCUAGUCGCGGACGAGUUUGGCUACCUGUACUUCCGCGACCGCACCGGCGACACGUUCCGCUGGCGCGGCGAGAACGUCAGCACCAGCGAGGUGGAGGCGCUCGUGUCCAACAUCGCCGACCAACGGGACGCCGUCGUCUAUGGCGUACUGGUGCCAAAUAUAGAAGGGCGAGCGGGCAUGUGCGGUAUCGUGGACAGUGACGGCUCUCUAGAUCUGGACGCGUUGGCCGAAGGUCUGGCGCGGGACCUGCCGGCUUACGCGCGCCCCGUGUUCCUGAGGGUCAUGACUAGUGUCGACAUGACAGGUACGUUUAAAAUGAAGAAGACUGACUUGCAGAGGGAAGGCUUCGACCCGAGCUUGGUGAAGAGCGACAAGCUUUACUAUUUGGAUCUGAAAAAAGGCAAAUAUCUUCCACUAGGGCCGGAGGAAUUCGAAAAAAUUACCAAUGGACAAAUAAGAUUGUGAUCACUUUACUUUACAUACUCAAGUGUUAUUUUGUAUAUUAGGUUUUUCUUCCUUUGAAAUUUAAAGGUCUGGUAACUUUAUUUGCUUAUAUAUUUAAUACUCGUCAAUUUUGUGAUUAUUUCGCUGAUGUAAGUAAAUAUUUGGUCUAAAUUAACUUGAAUAAAGUAAUAUAUAUUUAUAGCGGCCAGUAAUGCAUGUGUUUAAACAUAUCAAUUAAUUGAGAUACCUUGUUAAUCAACAAUAUUCUGUGUGUGUAUUCGCUUUACUAAUCUGAAUAUUAGAUCUGACCUUGAAAGUUAUUUUAAGUGAUUUAACAUUAAAACAUUAUUUAUUUAUAGAUUUUAUGAAGAAAUUGAUCUGUUUAAGCUGUGGACACAUUAAGAAAAGCUUUGCGGCUAAUUGUUUUAUCUCCAUUAUAUUUUAUGUGUUGUGUUGUUAACAAACAAUAAAUGACACACUUUAAUCCAGUCGACAGGUAUGUACUUUUCGACCUGGAUGACGACAUAAUCACAGACCUUUUUGGUAACAUAACCAACCUUGGCAAAGCUUCUUCGCUGGCGAAGACAAUGUCCCCAAAUUCUUGCGAGUUCCAGACGUAGAUUCCAACCAUGGUCACGAAGGCGUUAGACUGAUUUGACUUCAUUAUCAGUCUAAAGUCCUUCUAACCUGAGGUUCGAGUAGCGUAGGACACAAACAUACAGAACAGAUGUCCCAACUCCCGUUUUCUACAUUUUUAUAGCCCAAUGCAAAUGGACAGUCACAAAAUAAAAUGUCGGCGGCUGUUAGCCUAAUUUACUAUCCAAUGUGCAAUUUGGCGUUAGGUACUCGUAGCUAAGUUAGCUUAAUUUACCAUCCAAUGUGUUAUUUGGCGUUAGAUAGCUGAGUUAGCCUAAUUUACCAUUCAAUGUAAAAUUUGACGUUAGAUAGCUGAGUUAGCCUAGUUUUCCAUCCAAUGUGCAAUUUGGCGUUAGACACUCGUAGCUGAGUUAGCCUAAUUUACCAUCCUAUGAGCGAUUUGGCGUUAGAUAGCUUAAAUAGCCUAGUUUACUAUCCAAUGUGCAAUUUGGCGUUUGGUAGCUGAGUUAGCCUAAUUUACCAUCUAAUAUGGUACGGCACGAGCCGUGAUAGCCCAGUGGAUAUGACCUCUGCCUCCGAUUCUGGAGGGCGUAGGUUCGAAUCCGGUCCGGGACAUGUACCUCCAACUUUUCAGUUGUGUGCAUUUUAAGAAAUUAAAUAUCACGUGCCUCAAACGGUGAAGGAAAACAUCGUGAGGAAACCUGCAUACCAGAGAAUUUCUUAAUUAUCUGCGUGUGUGAAGUCUGCCAAUCCGCAUUGGGCCAGCGUGGUGGACUAUUGGCCUAACCCCUCUCAUUCUGAGAGGAGACUCGAGCUCAGCAGUGAGCCGUAUAUGGGUUGAUAACGUAACGUAACGUGCAUUUUGGCGUUAGAUAGCUGAUAACUGUUAUUUGUCCAAUGAAUCUAUAACCUUACUGUAACUGUAAACUUUUAAACGACUUAAAUCAACGAACGACGAAAAAUGGGGUUUGAGUUGAAUAAAUGUCUAUAUUUACGAUUAAGUCCGGCAUUUAAAAGUAUUUCGUCGCUACAUUAUGCGCUAUACGCUUUGCAACGGAAAACAUUCUGUUAUAAAAACUAUAGUUAGUCUAAUUUAUUUGCGAUACAUCGCACUGAUGCAUUGCUCUUGUGUGUCAGAAUUAAAAAAUAAUAGGCAGUCUCUUGUAAAGUUUUGGACUAUGUAAUACUAUAUUAAGUAGGUGGUAGGAGAUACUUCCCAAUUUGUGAUACGUUUUUGUAUGUAUUGAAUAGUACUCGAAUAAAUCGAUCUAUUUUACAAAUAAAGUGUCUGUAUUUUUCUAUUGCAUUUAUAUUCUUAUUAUGUUCAUGUUGUAAAUGUGGAAUAUGAAUUGAAUAUGUAUAAAAAUUUACUACUGUCAAAUAGAAAAAUAUUUGUAAUUAUUAUGAUCGUAAUUUGUACCUAGACUGCUAUCACAUACCAUGAUAAGUGUUUUAAUGAAGUAAUUUCAGUUUAUGUAUUUUUUUAUUAUAUCACUACAACAAUAUCCUGAAAUAGUGAGGACAUAAAACUUAGUAUGGAUUACUCGGACUUAUAUAAUUCACCUAGAUGCCGCGUGAUUGUGAUUAUUUUAAAAAAUUUCUUUUUCUGCUACUUAGGUAAUUCCAUGAACACUAUUAAAAAAUAUGUACUAUUAUAAAACAAACCCGGUCUUCUAUUAUUACAUAAGACCGUCAUUAUAUUUAAUAAAAAAAAUAUGUUUAUUUCUUGAAAUAAUACCUGUAUAAUAACUUUAAAACUUGUACACCUAUUUUUACUUAAUUCUAAGUCACAAAAUGUUAUAUAUUCUGUAUAUAAAUUUACAAAAAAAAUAGGAAUCUCGCUGGAUGAAAUGUUUGUAUAUAGUUGAGAUAAAAGUAAACUUUGUACCUAUUGUAUAACUAAACUCAGUUUGUAUCAUCUUUUUCUUACUACAUAUAUUAUAAUUAAAUGUAAAAGGCCACCUCAGUAGCGUAACUACAGGCAGCACAAAAGCUCAAAGCAAAGAGCCCUUACUAUAAAUUCCAAAUGGGCCCUAGAUCAAUGAUAAUUUUAUACUUUAGAUCGGUUACGUCCCUACAAAAUCACCGUAAAAAGUGAUCCUUUUAAUAGGCUUCAACACUGAGCGCACACAUGCACAAUUUUGUCUUAAAUUCUAUUAAAUAUUGAUGAAUAUAUAGAUUUUACACUUCUGAACACACAACUCGACAUUGUAGACGAUAUUUAGGUUUUAUUUGUUUAAAUAACGUUCGUUGUUGACCAAAACUAACAUUGAGUUGACUAUAAAUUUCCUCUUUUGAGCGCCUCAUUUGUCAUGCGCUAGUAACACAUCUAACAGUAUUUAACAUCAUUGCCCUAUUACGCCACUGGGACACCUUAUUUAAUAACUUGCCGUUGGAAAAGCAAUAUAAGUGUAAAGUGUAAAUGUUUGUUGAUUGUUAUUAUCAUUCCAGUCUCAAAUUUUAAGACUGACGUGAUUGUUUUAUCUGAUUUGUUUGUUUAGGGUUUACUUAAUAGAUAUUAAGUAUAAGGUAAUGGGUAACAUUGCUUAAUGACUAUUUAGUAAAGAUAACUUUUAAAA